ACAUUCAUCAUGCCGCACACCGAAUUGUACGACCUUUUGGGCGUGGCCCCCAGCGCCUCGGAGUCUGACCUCAAGAAGGCUUACCGUAAGAAGGCCAUGAAGUAUCACCCCGACCGCAACCCUGAGGCCGGUGAAAAGUUCAAGGAGAUUAGCCAGGCAUACGAUGUUCUCUCCAACGCCGAGAAGCGCUCCGUCUACGAUCGCCAUGGCCUUGAGGGCCUGCAAGAGGGCCGUGGUGAGGGCGGUGGUGCUGCCGACAUUUUUGAGCACCUCUUUGGAUUCGGCGGUGGUCGCUCCCAGCGUGGCCCUCGUCGCGGUGAAGACACCGUGCAGCCUCUGAGUGUGUCGAUGGAAGACAUGUUCAAGGGUACGACCAAGCGCAUUGCACUUCGCAAGAAGGUGUUGUGCUCGAGCUGCGAAGGUCGGGGUGGCAAGGCCGGAGGUGGCCGAACUUGCACCAGCUGCGACGGCCAGGGUGUGCGCGUCCAGCUACGACAGAUUGGCCCGGGCAUGGUGCAGCAAAUGCGGGUGGCCUGCGACCGCUGCAGCGGUUCGGGUGAGAUCUGGAACCCCUCGGAUGUGUGCAAGGUCUGCAACGGCAAGAAGCUGACACAGGAGCGCAAGAUCUUGGAGGUGCACAUUGAUAAGGGCAUGCGUAACGGACAGAAGAUUACCUUCCGUGGCGAGGGUGACCAAGAGCCCGGCAUUGAGCCCGGAGAUGUCGUGCUCGUGCUUCAGGAGAAGAAGCACCCGAUGUUUGAGCGCUACGGCAAGGAUUUGGUCAUGAAGAUAAACAUUGGCCUGAUCGAGGCGCUGUGCGGCUUCACCAUCAAGGUCAAGCAUUUGGACGACCGCGUUCUGGCCAUUACCUGCCGUCCCGGCGAGGUGAUUCAGCCCGACGCCAUCAAGAUUGUGCCUGAGGAGGGCUUUCCGGAGCACCGCCGCAUCUUUGAGAAGGGAGACUUGUACAUUCGCUUUGAGGUGGACUUUGACUUCCCCGAGGGUUUCCUGUCGGCCGAGCGCAUCAGUGCUUUGGAGAAGUUGCUGCCGGCCCGACCAAACCGUCCUGCCGUGACUGGCGAAGGUGAGCCUGAGGAGGUGUUCCUGGCUCAGCCCAAGCGCAACCCGGGCGAGGGUACCGGUGCGGCCACCUCGAGUGAAGCCUAUGAUGAGGACGACCACGAAGCCCGUAGUGGCCCCGGUGGCGUUCCUUGUGCCCACCAAUAAGUGCGCUGCCUUGCAUGGGGUGGUCAGCCGUGAUUCGGCAUGCCACCAACGCGUGCGCGUUGAGCACACCAAGACAAGACGGCAAAAGAGAAUGAUGAUGUAGAAGGUGGAGAUGCAAUGUGCAGUCUAUUGCAGAGGGAUUGCGCCGAGCCCGAGGCUUGCGCUUUCGACUGCCGUUGGGAGUGGCCUGGUACCGGGAGCGGGCACUGCUUGCCUUGUUCUCCUUAGUGUUUUUGCGUGCGCCUGGUGCCCCAGGUUGACUCGAACUUUUUUUGUUUGGAGUUUUGCUUUUUUUUUUUCGUCUUUUUUUUUUUUUAUCGGAUGUUGGCGACGAUUGAAAAGAAGUUGAUUUUCGUUUAU